AUGGCCGCUACAACCAAUUCAACGGACGAAAAGCUGUCGCCGCUUCACAUCGAAGAUGGCACGAAAGUCGACACUGAGAGCAAUGGGAGCUUCACCCCAAAGCAAGCUUCCGCCUUACGACGUCGAAUCGACUUGCGCUUGAUCCCGGCUCUGGGCUUCAUGUACGGCAUAUCCCUGAUGGAUCGAAAGAAUGUCUCAAAUGCUGCUAUUGCAGGAAUGAGAAAAGACCUCGACCUUUUGCAGGGAUAUCGGUACAGUCUCAUCACGCUAUGCUUUUUUAUCACAUACGUUGUCUUUCAAUCUCCCAUGACAGUGAUCUGCCGCAAGAUUGGCCCUCGCAUAUUCUUACCCGGUAUAUGUUUCCUUUGGGGAUGCCUGGUCAUUGGACUCGGUUUCUCUAAGGACUGGACAACAAUGGUGGGCUUGCGACUUGUGCUUGGCAUCCUCGAAGCUGGCUACUUCCCUGGCUGUGUUUACCUGUUGUCAACCUGGUAUACCCGGUUCGAGGUUGCACGGCGUUAUUCCGUAUUCUACUUGAUUGGUAGUCUUGCUUCGGCGUUGUCCGGCAUUCUUGCAUAUGGCUUGAUGCAAAUGGAGGGUGUUCAAAAUAUUCGCGGUUGGAGAUGGAUAUUUAUUAUGGAGGGCGUUAUAACAUGCGCGAUUGCAAUCUUUGCAUAUGCAUUCAUCAUCCGGUUCCCCGACCAGGAACGAGACAAGCCGUCAUUUCGCUUCCUCAAGCCUCACGAAUGCCAAUAUGUUAUCGAGCGCCUGGAAGAGGAUAGACGUGACGUGGAGGCCGAGGAAUUUUCCCUUGCACGCUUCUUGAAGCCGGCCGCAGAUCUUGAAAUUUGGGUGUUUGCUUUUAUGUUUUUUUGCCUGACCACCGUCACGUAUGCGUUCGCCUUCUUCCUACCUAUCAUUUUAAAAGACAAUCUAGGGUUCAGCCUUGCUGCUUCUCAAUGUCUCAUUGCUCCUCCUUACGCCUUCUCCGCAAUCCUGAUGUUUGUGAUGUCAUGGAUCAGCGAUCGCUUCCGAACUAGAGCCCCUGUCAUCAUCGCGAAUUGUAUAAUUCUAAUUAUCGGCUUACCUAUCAUGGGAUUUCAUUCUAACAACGCGGUCCGAUACUUUGGCGUAUUCAUUGCUGUCGCCGGCGCUAAUGCAAACGUGCCUGCAAUCAUGGCUUAUCAGGCGAACAACAUUCGUGGCCAGUGGAAACGUGCUUUCUGCUCAGCGACAUUGACUGGUUUUGGAGGUAUCGGUGGAAUCGCGGGAAGUCUUGUGUUCCGAACCCAAGAUCGGCCAGAUUAUAUGCCUGGUAUGGUGGCUUGUAUCGUGGCUGCCUGUCUCAUCAUGAUCUGCACCAGCGUACUUACGCUGUGCUUCAGAGCAGCAAACAGGAAAGCUGACCGGGGCGAGAAGAUCAUUGACGGGGAUCCCGAUUUCAGAUAUACAAUCUAG